CACUCGUCAACUGGUCUAUAUUAUUUAUGAAAAUUGUGGUUUCAAAAGCGAAAGUAGACAAUUUAACGAACUCAUUUCAAAAUGGCAACGGGAACUACGUUUAUCUCCAAUCAAGACAAAGCAAGCGAUUUCGAUAACAAAUGUGAUGCAUCGCCACCAUGCGAACCAUGUGUUAGAAAUAAAUCUUCUAAGGCAGCCACGGUUUUCUGCAAAGACUGUACAGAGCUGUUUUGUGACCAGUGCAGUCAUCUACACACGAUAUUCAAACCAGGAAAACAUGAUAUUAUCAGAGUUGCUGACAUGGAUUCAGUCCGCGUCGUAGUGGACAUGAAAGGUAUGGACGUUUGUCAAGAACACGGUAAAAAGAUCAAGUUUUUCUGUCGAGACCAUUCCAAACUUUGUUGUAGUACCUGUGCCUUUAUACACCGGAAAUGUGAGCAUGUAGAUGAACUUUCCAGCUUGUCUGAACAAACUCGUCCUGAGCUUGAUGCGCUGAAGGAGUCAUUGCAACAAAUAGAAUCCGAUGCUGAAUAUAUUAUUGAUAAGUGUAAGAAGUCAGAGAAUGACUUGAAUGAGUCCAUUGAAAAUAUGUCUGUAGAAGUAGAUGAAAUACAAACCCGAUUCAAUAAACUUUUUGAAAAUGCUAAGAAAACUAUGUUAACUGAGGCAAAUGGAGUUAAAAGUGAAGAGAUGAAAAAAUUAGACGACAGGUCUGCAGAAACUACGAAACUUAAGGAAGAAAUUACUCAACUAUUACCAAUCUGUGUUACUCUUUUGGAGCAUGGAACGCCACAGCAAAUGUUUAUUUUGUCAAAAUAUAUUGAUGAGAAGAAUCAUAUAAUGAAAGCAAGUAUCAGUGCACAACAAGAGGUGAAACUGAAACAAAAACUGUCAGUGUCUUUUCCAAUAGGGCUUUACGAACUUCUUGAAUUGGGAGAAAAUGUUAUGAAGUUGAACAGCGAGCGACAGAAAACAGAUCAGGCAAGUCCAGACUGCCCAUCAACCCUGUCUAGGCCAGUAACUCUGGAGCUGAUAGUGUCGGUAGAUCUACCAAAGACUGGAGAUGAUGAGAAUUACCCUUUCCUCUCUGGACUUGACUUCCUUCCAGACGGAAGACUAGUAGCCGUGGAUAACUUUAAUUGUAAAUGUAUCAUAUUUAAUGAGCUGCUACAGAUACAAGGAUCACCGUACACAUUCGAGUCGCGUCCCCUCAGUGUGUGUGCGUGUCAGAAUGGACUUGCUGUGACAGGAUUGGACAAAACCUUACAUCUCCUGUCCGUGAGUUCUAACAAUGUCAUCAGUCUGAAGAGGGAAAUCGGUACAUCCUCACAGUUUGAUUCUAUAUGCCACAAGACGCCAUCAGUCAUGGUUGUGAGUGCGCACCAAUAUCAACAUCCAGCUAGAAUGAUUACAAUGGACGGGGAUGAGUUAGACUUCGAUUGUGUUGAGUUCCCAAAGAAAGAGUACAAAAUUGCUGAGAGCAUGUGCACGUAUGUCCAGUACAAUAACACGCUGGUAUUGACUGACAAAGCCGCUCACACAGUGAACAUGUACGACAUCAUGAAGGGAACGUCUAGAGCGGUCACUGAUGGGAAUAUACAGGCACCAGUUAAUGUCUGUGUCGGGCCUGCUGACACGGUGAUGGUGUACAAUUCACUGAAUAACUCAAUAGUGCACUUGACCGUUACUGGUGAAAUCCUCGGCACCUACCUAGUGGAUAUUGGGUACCUGCAGUCACUGAGUAUGAGUAAGGAUGGUACCAAACUGGCAGUGUCAAACAACGUUGGAGGCAUGAAUAAACUUCAGUUGUAUAAAAUAUCACACACUUGAUGUGCUGCAUUUAAACCAAUGCCACAGAUAUGUAGCUCAAUUUGAUUUGUAAUGAACGACACUUAUAACGUACUAUUAUGAUACUAAUUUAAAAAGUGUUCAUUGACAUAAAAUGUUAUUUGAUUUAUCACUGUUUGAUUGUCAUGGAGCUUACAUUUUUGUAAAUCAUGUACAAAGUAUUUUUUUUUAUUAUAUAGUUGACACAUUGUUACUGAUGUAUUCUCUAAUGCAAUUUAUAUGUACUCAAUGUACAUUGAAUACGUUUUGAACAAUACUUCAUAAAUAAUAAUGGCAGUCCAAGAGACUUGUAUAUUACCUCUGAGAUUUUGUUGACCUUGACACUUUGUUGGGCAGUUAACCAUGUCAGUGUGGGAACCGGAUUUUGAAGGCCUUUGCAAACAGUUUGGAUCCAGAUGAGACGCCACAAAACGUGGCGUCUCAUCAGGAUCCAAACUGUUUGCUAUUCUGAUAGUGUUCUUUGAAACAAAUCGAAUAUAAUGCUAAUUUUAGAAAUUCAGCAGUAGACAUUUUUGCAGAAGACAAAUUUCCCAGCAUGCAAAGGGUUAAACAUAAAUUUCAAAGUUGUAAGCUACACUUCAGAAGAAAAGUGGUUUAUUUAUCAAUACACAAAUAUCAUGUUCCAUAGAUUUUAUUGCUUGAUUGUUUAUGUUAUUGCUUGUUAAAUGGUAUGUAUAUAAUCUAAUAUAUCUAAUGUGUAUAACAAUAUAUAAUGUAUGCUAUAAUUUGCAUUAUCAUCCAUAUAUAUGUAUAUCCAUAUGCAUUUGUAAGAUACUAAUUUGUUGUCAACAUUUAUUUUACAGAACUAGACAUGUUUCUUUAUACAUAUGCAGGGCUUGACACUAAUUUUUUUACCUACUGACCCAAAGGACCACCAGCUUUCAGAAAUUACUGGUCCUCCAAGAUUUCAAGUGGUCCGACAAUUUCUAUGUUAUUUUACCUAAAUUUCAACUUACUUUCCGAACUAUCCACAAUGUAUUGUGCAUAAAAAGAAAACUAUUAGUUUUAGGUUUUUUUAGGCGGAGGUUCAACCACCCCCGGAAUAAAAUUCCACAUCGCGAAAAGUUGUAAUCUUGAAAAUACACAAGUUUACUCACCGGCAAUAUCAAAACAUUAUCCUGUGCCCUCCAGUGUAAAUUUGCACAGUAAACAAAGUAUAUUCUGAUGAUACUAAGAUCGAUAAAAUGCUAAUUGCUGCUUUUUCAAAAUAAUAAAUAGUUAAAUACCAUUUUGUUCAUUUCUCUAUCCGAAAUCUUCGAAUUUUAUGUUAAUUUGUGUAUCGAUCAUGGCGAUGUCAGGAGACAUUUGCGGAACGCAAAUCGAUUUUUUGAUCCAAUAACAGGUUUUUGUCACCCGGGCAUCUAGAAAAUUGGAAUUUCCAAUAUGUUGCUAUUUUUAUCCCAGUCUCGAGUCGGCCCAUAAAAUAAUUAUGAAAUUAUCGGUUUAUUAUGAACAUAUAAAGUUGUUUUAUUGAUGAAAACGGCUUUCCACCAGUAUUUCACAAUAAGCUGGCCAGGAUUUUUAACUGGUCCGACGGAUCAACCAAAUUUCUAGUUUCAAUGGUCCUCCCUAUUUUUUACUGACCCUGGGUCAACGGACCACUGUUAGUGUCGAGCCCUGAUAUGUGAAACAGACUUGUCUGAUUGUACAAUUUACUGCCAUAUUUAAACCAUGCAACAUAUCUAUAUGUAGGCUGUAUCCUUAUAUUUAUUUGCAGUAUAAUCUACAUGACAAACUUUAACAAGGGCUGUUUGUAAAACAUGCAUGCCCCCCAUACGGGCUUUCCGUUGUAGUGGCAGCCAUUGUGUGAAUACGAUUUUUGUCACUGUGACCUUGACCUUUGACCUAGUGACCUGAAAAUCAAUAGGGGUCAUAUGCGGGUCACGAUUAAUGUACCUAUGAAGUGUCAUGAUCCUAGGCAAAAGCGUUCUUGAGUUAUCAUCCGAAAAUCAUUUUACUAUUUCGGGUGACCGUGACCUUGACCUUUGACCUUGUGACCUUAAAAUCAAUAGGGGUCAUCUGCAAGUCAUGAUCAAUCUACCUAUGAAGUUUCAUGAUCCUAGGCGUAAACGUUCUUGAGUUAUCAUCCGAAAACCAUUUUACUAUUUCGGGUCACCGUGACCUUGACCUUUGACCUAGUGACCUCAAAAUCAAUAGGGGUCAUCUGCGAGUCAUGAUCAAUCUACCCAUGAAGUUUCAUGAUCCUAGGCGUAUGCGUUCUUGAGUUAUCAUCGGAAACCAUUUUACUAUUUCGGGUCACCGUGACCUUGACCUUUGACCUAGUGACCUCAAAAUCAAUAGGGGUCAUCUGCAAGUCAUGAUCAAUCUACCCAUGAAGUUUCAUGAUCCUAGGCGUAUGCGUUCUUGAGUUAUCAUUCAAAAACCAUUUUACUAUUUCUGGUCACCGUGACCUUGACCUUUGACCUAGUGACCUCAAAAUCAAUAGGGGUCAUCUGCAAGUCAUGAUCAAUGUACCUAUGAAGUUUCAUGAUCCUAGGCCCAAGGGUUCUCGAGUUAUCGUCUGACAACCACCUGGUGGACGGACAGACCGACAGACCGACCGACAUGAGCAAAGCAAUAUACCCCCUCUUCUUCGAAGGGGGGCAUAAAAAUCAUAUUGUAUUGAAGUUUAUCUUCCAGAAUUAUUAAUUGCAAGUUAGCUGAUUGUCACCCCCUGUCAAGUAUUAUGCUUGAUAGUAUAUACACUAUUUAUUACUGCAUUAUCACUUCCUUUUCACGUGACCUUUUGAUAAGGCUAUUAUUAUAUGAUUAAGACUGACGAUGUUUUAUGUACAAGUCAUAAUAAAUAUAUAUUUUGUUUA